AUGAAAGCUGAUAAUCUAAUUCAAAUGAAUGCUGAAAUCAGGCAGAGAACGUCUGAUAGCUGGUGUUUUCUUAGGAAACAUCGACAAGGUAAGAGACUGGCACAGAGGGCGCAAGUCAUUAAAGGUCACCUCCAAAAAUAUAAAAACUUUGAAAGAGAAGCUCGUCCAGGUAAACUUCCAGGUAUGAAGUACCAUGCUUCAAAAGACUUCAUUGAUUUUGAGAGCAGGAAAACAAAAUUCAAGGAACUUGUGGAAGCUUUAAAAGAUGGAAAUCAUUACAUGAUUGGAUUGCAAGGGAUGGGGGGAACGGGUAAAACCACAUUGGCAACACAAGUGGGAAAGCAAGUUGAAGAAUCCAAAGCAUUUGAGAAAGUCAUCUUUGUUGUUGUGUCUAAUCCUCCAGAUGUCAACAAGAUUCGAGGCGACAUUGCAAGGCAAUUAGUUUUGGAUUUAGAUAAAAGAGUUGAAGCAGAUCACUCAAAGCUUUUGUGGUCUGAAAUUUACGAUUACAAAAAAAAAUUACUUAUAAUAUUAGAUGAUGUGUGGGAGAAGUUAGACCUCACUGAAAUUGGGAUUCCAUCUGGAUCUGAUCACAAGAAUUGCUAUGUUUUGAUAACUACCCGCCAUUCAAAAGUUUGUGAAGCAAUGAGAUGCCACCAAACAGUUCGCCUACACACGUUGGCUGAUGAGGAUGCAUUGACACUUUUUCUAUCUCAUGCUAGAAGUAAUGAUUCUGAGGGUCUUGCGCACGAGUUUGUGAAGGAGUGUGGAGGAUUGCCAGUUGCAAUUGUAGCAUUAGCUGGAGCAUUAAGAAAUUGGCCCGCAGGUGAAUGGAAUGUGGCUUUGACAACCUUACGAAAUUCUAAGCAAUUUGUUGAUAUUGAUGAAGAUUUGGUGACAAUUUAUAGAUGCUUGAAAUUAAGCUAUGAUCAUUUAAAUGAUGAGAAGGCUCAAAGGCUAUUUUUGUUGUGUUCUAUUUUUCCAGAAGACUAUGAAAUUCCUAUAAACCUUAUAAUUAGACUUGGUAUAGGGUUAGGAAUUUUUGGGGAAGCUGAUGAAUAUUGUGCAUCAAGAAGUCGAGCACUUGCAGUGAAAAAUAAACUCAUAGCUUCUUCGUUGCUAUUGAAUGUUGAGGGAAAAGAAUGUGUAAAAAUGCAUGACUUGGUUCGUGAAGUAGCCCAGUGGACAGCAAAAGAAGAUAUUCAGGUGAUUACAGAUUCAAUAAUGACUUUAAAAGCCAACAAGCGAUUUGUGUUUUGGAGUGCUGAUGAUUUUCCUGAUCAACUUGAUGGUACAAAACUUGAAAUUGUACUUCUUUGGAUAAGUGGAAAUGCUCCAGUGAAAGAGCCAAAUGCAUUCUUUGCAAGAAUGUCAAGGCUCAAAAUUCUGUAUUUACUUGCUGGAUAUGGUAGAAAAUUUCCCACUCCUCCAUCUUUGUCUCGGUCAAUUCUUUCCACUCCAUCACUGUCACCAUCACUUCUUUCGUUAAAGAAUAUUCACACUAUUAUCUUGGAUGGUUGGGAAUUAGGUGACAUCUCUAUUUUGAAAAAUCUUCAAAGUCUUGUGACGCUAGAAUUGAAAAAUUGUUUAAUUAUUGAAUUGCCCAAAGAUAUCAAGGAGCUACAGAAGUUGAGAUGGUUGGGAUUAAGGAAGUGUGAAAUUCAAAAGAACAAUCCUUUUCAAGUGAUUGAAAGAUGCUCACAAUUGGAAGAAUUGUAUUUUGUCAGGAAUUACAAUGUCAAAGACUGGGAACCAGAGGAUGACAAUGAAAUUGCUCCUGAUAUAUCUUCUUCUGCAUUGCAAGUUUUUUUUAUUGCUUGUGAUGGUUUGAAAAGUUUGACUCAUGAUGAUAAUGGCCUACCAAAAUGCUUCAAUUCAGAACAUAUGAAACAUUUAAUAUCAGAAGCCAUGUUCAAGUACCUUGUGGGAAGAGCAGAAGUUCUUGAGUUGGGAAAUUUAGGACAAACAAGAUGGAAAAGUCUUGUCCCUGACAUUAUUCUUGUGGAAGAUGAAGGCAUGGAUAAUUUAAUCAAGCUUUACUUGUAUGAAUGGGUUGACAUAGAGUGCCUUAUUGAUAGUAGUAAGUGUCACUGUUGUAACAUGACAGUCUUCUCGAACUUGAUUGAGUUGCAUCUGUAUAGUGUGGAUGUGAAAGAAUUAUGUGGGGGUGCUAUGCCUUCAGGCUUUCUUGAGAAGUUACAGAUUUUAAAGUUAGAGGGUUGUAGGAAACUGCAAAACAUAUUCUUAGAUGAGACUCUCAAACUACCUCAUUUGAAGAUAAGAGGUCGGAAGAAGAAAUGA